AGGAAUUGUUUCUGCCUGAGGAGACGCUCUGCAGCCUGGGCUCUGUGAGACUGACGUGGCGGUCAGCUGGAGUGAGUGUUGGGGUCCUGGGGCACCUGCCUUACAUGGCUUGUUUAUGAACAUUAAAGGGAAGAAGUUGAAGCUUGAAGAGCUAGGAUGGCAGUCAACAAAGGCCCCACCUUGCUGGAUGGAGACCUCCCUGAGCAGGAGAAUGUGCUACAGCGGGUCCUGCAGCUGCCGGUGGUGAGUGGCACCUGCGAGUGCUUCCAGAAGACCUAUACCAGCACUAAGGAAGCCCACCCCCUGGUGGCCUCUGUGUGCAAUGCCUAUGAGAAGGGCGUGCAGAGCGCCAGUAACUUGGCUGCCUGGAGCAUGGAGCCGGUGGUGCGCAGGCUGUCCACCCAGUUCACAGCUGCCAAUGAGCUGGCCUGCCGAGGCUUGGACCACCUGGAGGAAAAGAUCCCAGCCCUCCAGUACCCUCCUGAAAAGAUUGCUUCUGAGCUGAAGGACACCAUCUCCACCCGCCUCCGCAGUGCCAGAAACAGCAUCAGCAUUCCCAUCGCGAGCACUUCAGACAAGGUCCUGGGGGCCGCUUUGGCUGGGUGCGAGCUCGCCUGGGGAGUGGCCAGAGACACUGCGGAAUUUGCUGCCAACACUCGAGCUGGCCGACUGGCUUCUGGAGGGGCUGACUUGGCCUUGGGCAGCAUUGAGAAGGUGGUGGAGUACCUCCUCCCUCCAGACAAGGAAGAGUCAGCCCCUGCUCCUGGACACCAGCAAGCCCAGAAGUCUCCUAAGGCCAAGCCGAGCCUCAUGAGCAGGGUUGGGGCUCUGACCAACACCCUCUCUCAACACACCAUGCAGACCAUGGCCCGGGCCCUGGAGCAGGGCCACACCCUGGCCAUGUGGAUCCCAGGAGUGGCGCCCCUGAGCAGCCUGGCCCAGUGGGGUGCCUCAGUGGCCAUGCAGGCGGUGUCCCGGCGGAGGAGUGAAGUGCGGGUGCCCUGGUUACACAGCCUCGCAGCCGCCCAGGAGGAGGAUCAUGAGGACCAGACAGACACGGAGGGAGAGGACGUGGAGGAGGAGGAAGAAUUGGAGACAGAGGAGAACAAGUUCAGUGAGGUAGCAGCCCUGCCAGGCCCUCAAGGGCUCCUGGGCGGUGUGGCACAUAACCUGCAGAAGGCCCUCCAGACCACCAUCUCGGCUGUGACAUGGGCACCUGCAGCUGUGCUGGGCAUGGCAGGGAGGGUGCUGCACCUCACACCAGCUCCUGCUGUCUCCUCGACCAAGGGGAGGGCCAUGUCUCUAUCAGAUGCCCUGAAGGGCGUUACUGACAAUGUGGUGGACACGGUGGUGCAUUAUGUGCCGCUCCCCAGGCUGUCGCUGAUGGAGCCCGAGAGCGAAUUCCGGGACAUCGACAACCCGCCCGCCCAGGUCGAGCGCCGGGAGGUCCCCCUCAGACACAUAAACACUCAGUCUGUUAGCUCCCACUCUACUGCACACCUGGAAGCCCUGCUCCCUGAAACUGACUCUGGGGCCCUGGAACUGACUCUGGGGCCCUGGCAGAUCUUUGGUGUAAUGAGUCAUGGGCCUCAAUCUGUGGUUUUGGAGUCUGAGGAUGUAGAAUGGGGACAGGAGAGAAGCUGGCCUGGGCCCUCUGCACGGGCCCCGCCCGCCCUGUCUGCGGGCCGACUCCGCGACGCCACCCGGCUCGCGCCUCCGCCCCCGAGAGCCCCGGCGGGCGGAGUUGCGGGUGAGCGGAGGGCUGGUUUGGGGGGCGGGGGUCCCGAUGACGGCAUCGGAGCGCGCCGCAGUGGGGAUCGAAGCCUGACUGCCUGGCCCGGGACGGCGCUCGCACCCAGGCAGCCUCCUGGAAGCUCCUCCUUGGACUGGCCGGCGCCCUCUUCCCGACAUCUAGGGGCUGACGCCGGCAUCCCGGGCCUGCAAGGAGGGGCGAGCGCCGAGGCCGGGUGA